UCUAUGACUGAUAAGUAAUAACGUCAGCUGUGACUAUUGUUGAUAAAUAUGUAGUAACUAGAGUAAUCGUAAAGUUAAAAUUUAUAGUUUCUUAUCAGUUAUGGGUAAUCGAUCAGCUAUUUUCAUUAUUGUUACAAUAUCAUUGUUCAAUGUUCAUUAUAACCUUGGCGAAUCAAACGACAAUGAUAUAUUCCACGAUGAAUCAGAUUGGGAUUACUUGAUGUUCUCUCAAAGGUGGGCUAUUUCUGCUUGUAUAGAAUGGGAAGAAAAAGCUAAAAACAAUAAUUGCAAACUUCCUGUUGAUCCUGAUACUUGGUUAGUGCAUGGUUUGUGGCCUACAAAAUCAGGUACAAACGGACCUAACAAUUGCAAUUCAUCCAUUCAUUUUGACCCGGAUCAAUUACAGCCAAUGAUCGAUGAUCUGAACAACUAUUGGACCAACAUUGAGGGUAACACUAAAGUGAACUCAUUCUGGUCACAUGAAUGGAAUAAACACGGGACUUGUGCAUCUAGUUUGCCAUUGUUAAAUAGUGUGUAUAAUUAUUUUCAUCAAGGUCUAGACUUGCAUAAAGAGUAUGAUAUAUUAUCUAUUCUCUCGGAAUCGAAUAUAAUUCCAAAUAUGAAUAAUUAUACAAUAGAUGAUUUCAGUAAUGCUAUAGUGAAACAAUUACAUGUAACACCUCAAAUUCAAUGUGUAGUUGAUUCUAAAACAAAAGAUUCUUUAAUUAGUGAGGUAAGACUAUGUUUUGAUAAAUCAUUUGGAUUGAUAAAUUGCACUACAGAAAACUUGGAACCAAGUAAUUGCAGUAAGAAAAGGCCAAUAAAGUAUUUCAAAGAUAUUCCAGGCGUGAUGGCAGAAGCCAGUGUUGAUGGUUAUUAUAUAGAUCCUCAGGAAAUUAUUUCUAAGGAAGAAAUAUUAUAUGAGUGGUACAUUCUCAUAAAGCUUUUGAUUCGCUUCACAUUGUAAAAUAAUUGAAAGUUCCUGUAAUUUCAUAGUGAUGAUUGCUUUAUAAGAUAUCAUAUAUUUUUAUGAGAGGUAUGGUUAUUCUUAAGAUGUAUCAUGGAUUGUUGUGGUUUCGAGUUUUACACUCUGUAAAAUGGAAUCGGUUUAUAAUGAAAAUUUUCAAUUAUUCUUGAAAGAAGCUAUGUUAGAAUAUUAUUUCCAUGUACUUCAACUAAUAAUCUAAAUCUAACUGGGACUGCCUUCAUACAAUUUUGAAGGUAAAGGUGAAGAAUGAAAAUAUAUCCUUUGAAAUUGUUA